AUGCUAGAGCAGUUAUUAGAGCCAGUAUGUGUUUUACACUGCUCUUUCACGAAUGAGGAAAGCAGCCUAAAAUGGAAGCUCUCUUUACUAAAUUUAAAUUGCAUUUUUUGUCAUUUAAAGGAAAUCCGGCAUAAAUCCAGUGACUACCCUCAUAGAGUUGCAAAAUAUCCAGAAAACAGAAAUCGAAACAGAUACAGAGAUGUUAGUCCAUAUGAUCAUAGUCGUGUAAAACUGCAGAACACCGAGAAUGACUACAUCAAUGCCAGCCUAGUGGUCAUAGAAGAAGCUCAGAGAUACUAUAUUUUAACACAGGGUCCACUACCUAAUACAUGUUGUCAUUUUUGGCUAAUGGUAUGGCAACAACAAACCAAAGCAGUUGUCAUGCUGAACAGAAUUGUUGAAAAAGAAUCGGUGAAGUGUGCACAGUACUGGCCAACAAAAGAAGAGGAAGUUAUGACAUUCAGUGAAACAGGGUUCCGUGUGAGGCUAGUAUCGGAAGACAUCAAAUCCUAUUACACAGUACAUCUACUGCAAUUAGAAAAUAUCAAUAGUGGUGAGUCCAGGAUGAUAUUUCAUUUUCAUUAUACUACAUGGCCAGACUUUGGAGUUCCCGAGUCCCCAGCUUCAUUCCUGAACUUCCUGUUUAAAGUCAGAGAGUCUGGCUCCCUGAGUUCUGAACAUGGACCUGCAGUAGUUCACUGCAGUGCGGGGAUAGGACGUUCUGGCACGUUUUCAUUAGUAGACACUUGUCUUGUUCUGAUGGAGAAAAAAGACCCAUUUUCUGUAGAUAUUAAGAAGGUAUUACUGGAUAUGAGAAAAUACCGAAUGGGACUUAUUCAGACUCCUGAUCAACUAAGAUUUUCAUAUAUGGCUGUAAUAGAAGGAGCAAAAUUUAUAAUGGGGGAUUCAACUAUACAGAAACGGUGGAAGGAGCUCUCUAAGGAGGACCAAGCGCCAACUUCUGAGCAGUCUCCUCCACACCCAACCAAAAUAACCAUGGAGAAGUACAAUGGGAACAGCAUAGCCCUGGAGAGCAAAGAUCAUAUGGAGAAAAUAAAUGCUGACCUGUCCACUAAAGUUCAAGAUAUCGCAGGUGAAAACAUCGAAAGUGCUGUCCGAAAACGACUGCGAGAGGAUCGAAAAGCUAAUACAGCACAGAAGCUGCAGCAGAUGAAGCAGAAGCUAAAUGAGACUGAAAGAAAAAGAAAAAGGCCGAGACUGACUGACACCUAAGCCUUCAAGACUUGUGAAUAUUCUGCAGCUAUAAACUGCAAAUUAUUGACAUGCAAAGCGAGACAUGAGCCCCUCUUCGGGAACAAAAAGUGAGGUCUGUUAAGUACCAAGAAGACCUCAGUUAUCUGUUUACAGCGUAAACUGCAGCGAGGGGAUGAAGACCACCAGCAGCGUGCUACUUUGCAAAACAAAAUAAUUUGCCAUCUUGUGUUUUUAUAAUGCCUGUAUUAAUGUAGAAAGAUGUAAAAGAAAUAAAUUAGGAAAUAUUUUGUUUUGUACUGCCAUUCUUAUUGUAUUUUUAUACUUUUUGGCAGCAUUAAAUAUUUUUUUAAAU